UAUCAGUCAGUCGGGGUCGGCUAUAAAAUAAUAAGUAUUAAGUAGGUUUUGAGUAAAGAUUAAUAAAUUCAAAAAUUCAGUGUUCUAUUUCUUAUGUAUUAAAUAUUAAUUUUUUAUAAUUUUAAAUUUAGCAAUAAUUAACCAUUUUACCUAAACAAUUACGAUAGUCUGUUUAAAAGUAUUCAAUAUUUUUUCAAUGUUUAACUUGCCAACUACCUACAAUACCCUAUAAGGAUUUUUUUGUCAUUUUUUCUUCAACACAUUUGACAAAAAUAUACACGUGUAUUUACAAGUUUAAUAUAAUUUAUAAGCAAAAAUUUCAACAAUGACUACAACACUCAAGCCUUAUCUUUCAGUUGUAAAGCAUUCGUUAGAUGCUGCCAUAUGUAUUACCCAGUUUUACUCGCAAGUAGUUGAACGUCAUAGCAAACCAGAAAUAGAAAUGCAAACCAACAGGGAAUUAAUAUUGACUCCAAUGUUAAUCAGUCGCAAUGAACGAGAACGUGUUUUUAUUGAAAGCUCUAUAAAUUCAAUACGGGUGAGCAUUGCAAUUAAACAAUGUGAUGAAAUUGAGCGAUUAUUGUGUGAUAAAUUCACACGGUUCAUGAUGAAACGAGCAGAAAAUUUUUUCAUUCUAAGAAGGAAACCAAUUGCUGGAUAUGACAUAACAUUCCUAAUCACUAACAUGCAUGUGGAACAAAUGUAUAGGAAUAAACUUAUUGAUUUCAUCAUUCGAUUUAUGGAAGAAAUUGACAAAGAGAUCAGUGAAAUGAAGUUGGCAAUAAAUGCAAGAGCAAGAAUAUGUUCAGAAGAGUUUCUCAAACAUUUUUAAAAGAAAAAUGUUUAACUAUCCAGUGUGCAUUAUUUUUUAUUUUCUACUGUAAUCAUUUUUUUUAUAUUGUAAAAUGUUUAAAUGCAAGUUUAUUUAAAGUUAUUAUAAGAUUAAAAUAUAAAGUAUAUAAAAAUCAAUUUCAUAUAUGGUUAAUAGUUAAAACACUUAACAGAAAAGAAAAAAUACUAUUAAGUAAUGAUACAUACAUUUAAAUAGUCUUUUUAUAUGUUCUAUUUAUUUUUUAUUAUUAUUAUAUUUAUUUAUUAUUACUAAGUUCAGUUACAGGAAUAAUUUGAACUAACAUAUUGUUAUGGUGUGAAUACUGACUACCAUUAUUUUACUUUUAUACUUAUCUUAGCCAAACAUAACAUACUAUCUAUUUAAAUACAUUGUACGUGAAUCCAUGAAUAAUAUAGCAUCAACGGUUUAUAUAGUA